UGCCCUCUGUAGCCGUUGCCACGUACAUUACCCUCCUUGUAAGCUUCUUCAUCGUUCUCCUAAAACCCUAAAAAUGGCGUCUCUGCAACUUCGUAGACUCUUACUCCGAUCCAUCCGUUUCCGUUCAAUAUCAUUCAUUUCUUCAUCUCCGAUUCAACCACCUCCUAAUUCCCGCCACCAAAUCGCUUCCAAUUUUUCAUCACAUUUUCAACACCCAAACCUUUUCGCUCAACAUUCACUCUUCCAAACCCAACACUUCUCAUCAGAAUCCGUUUCCACAGCCGAAAAACUCUCAGACGAACCGGAUCCGAUUGCCCGCGCAAUCUCAUUGGAGCUUCUCAAAGAAACCGACUCCGAUCCCACCUCUGUCGCUCAGCGCCUCAAUCUUAGCUUCUCACACAUUACUCCAACUCCCAAUUUGGUUCUCCAAACCCUAAAUCUCUCCCUUGAAGCUGGAAGAAACGUGUUAGGGUUCCAUCAAUGGCUCACUUCGAAUCCCAAAUUCACACAAACCGACGAAACUCUAUCUUACUUCGUCGAUUACUUCGGUCGCCGGAAAGACUUCAAGGCAACGCACAAAAUUCUCACCGGAGGCGGCGCUGGAUCGAAAACAUUACUAUCGGCAAUUGACAGGCUUGUUCGUGCGGGUCGUCCCAGCCAGGUGGUUCAAUUUUUCGAACGAAUGGAGAAGGAUUAUGGUUUGAAGCGUGAUCGUGGUUCACUUAAGGUGGUUGUGGAGAAGCUUUGCUUGAAGGGUUAUGCAAGUUAUGCGGAGAAGAUGACGAAGAAUUUGGCAAAGGAAUUUUUCCCUGAUGAAGAAAUGUGUGAUUUACUUGUGGCGGGUUAUUGUAUUGAUGGGAAGAUUGAAGAAGCUCGGAGGCUUUCUGAGGAGAUGUAUCGCGGAGGGUUUGAGCUCGGUGUUAGAGCUUAUAAUGCCAUGCUUGAUUGUAUGUGCAAAAUUUGUCGCCAAAAGGAUCCUUUUAAGCUUCAUUCUGAGUCUUCGAAAGUGCUUGUGGAAAUGGACCAACAUGGGGUUCCAAGGAAUGUGGAGACAUUCAAUGUGUUGAUAACGAAUCUUUGUAAGAUUAGGAAGACUAAUGAUGCUUUGAGUUUGUUUUCUAUGAUGAGAGGGUGGAGAUGUAAUCCCAAUGAGACUACUUUUCUUGUUUUGAUUAAGAGUCUCUAUCAGGCUGCAAGGUUGGAAGAAGGAGAUGGAAUGAUUGAUGGAAUGAAAUCUGCUGGGUUUGGAGCUUUUCUUGAUAAGAAAGCUUACUUUGAUUUUCUUACUAUUUUGUGUGGCAUUGAGAGGAUUGAUCAUGCUUUGAAGGUCUUUGCUAUGAUGAAGGCUGAUGGGUGUGAACCUGGUGUUAAGACUUAUGAUUUGUUGACGACGAAAUUGGGUGCACAUAAUCGUAUUGAUAAGGCUAAUGCUCUAUUCAAUGAAGCUCUUGGUAAAGGAUUGCCUGUGACUCCCAAAGAGUAUGUUGUUGACCCGAGAUUCGUGAAGAAGAAGGCGGUUAAGGCUGAGAAGAAGAGGGAAACUUUGCCUGAGAAAAUGGCUAGGAAGAGAAGACGCUUGAAACAGAUUCGUCUGAGUUAUGUGAAGAAGCCUAAACGAAUGAUGCGUGGAUGAUCUCAUUUUUGCACUUAGAAAUAGACUUCUCUGUUUGAAUAUUGUUUUUCAUUUUGUCAUGAUAUUGCUACACCAUGUUUUAGGUAGGGAAUGACAACCAGUAAGCACUAUCCAGAAUGAGACUAAUGAACUUCAGAAAUACGUGAAACCCAUUCCGAAACGAGCGGAAGCAUCACCAUCACUGCAUGGUUAAAAAAUAAUCACCAACUGGAUUUCCAGUCAAACUCAUACUAUGAAGUUUAGCUGUAUGUUUUUCUACUGUUGCAGCAUACUUUAUCAUUUGAUUUUAUGUCCUUAUUAUGUUAUCUUGCAAUACCAUGUUAUCUUUUGUGUGUUGAUGAAGUUUAU